ACUUUGACGAGCAGACUGCAGACGACUGGGACGUGGACAUGAGCAUCUACUAUGACAAAGAGGGGGGUGAUAAGGACGCUCGGGACUCGGUCCGGAUGUUGCUGGAGCAGCGGCUGAGGGGGGGUUUGGAGGAUGGGUCUGUUGCAGGGCAGCAGAUUGGCACCUUUGAGAGGUACACCAAGGGCUUUGGCAGGAAGCUGCUGGAGCAGCAGGGCUGGACGGAGGGGCUGGGCCUAGGGAGCAGCAACUCUGGAAUGGCUGAAGCUCUGGACAAUGAGGGUCAGAACCCCAGAUGCAAGAGGGGGCUGGGGUACCAUGGGGAGAAACUACCAACCUUCAGCAGGGUGAAGAAGCCCCGGAGGGACUCUCCCAUCCUCAUCUCCACCAUCUAUGAUGACCCUGACCCAAAAGACAGUGGUGACCUGCUGCUGAGGCGCCAGCCACCCACUGCCAUGAAGUACAGGCAGGACGUGGUGUUCGUCCGGGCAUCACCCCGUGCCCUGGAGCCCCCCAGUGCCCAGUCAGGCUGA